AUGCAUUUUGCUGCAGAUUGUGGAAAAACCGUCUCACAUGCCACACAACGUAUAAUUGGAGGUUCGUUGGCCAAGCUGGGACAGUUCCCAUGGCAAGUAUACAUAAAAUUCGGUAGUUCCUCGGCAGCCGGUGCACUGCUCUCUGAUAAGUGGAUUAUAACUGCCGCCCAUGUGGUGCAUGACACAGACCCAACGGAGUUCACUAUGACAAUGGGGAUCAUCAGUCGGAAUGAUAAAAUUAACUAUAAGGCUGUGGCAGAAGCCUUCUAUAUUCACCCCAGUUACAGAAACGAUGAACCAUACAACCACGACAUCGCUCUGAUUAAACUCAAAGACAAAGUACCGAUAAAUGAAAACAUCCUCGGGAUCUGUCUCCCGACCAAAGACGACAGAUAUCGGAUCAGUGAAGAUGAAAAUGAUCACCACGUGGGGCGAGUAGCUGGCUGGGGUAUCACAGAAAAAAAUGUAAUUUCAAGAUAUCUGCGCUUUGUGGAGGUGGACAUCAUCAACCACGGACAGUGUGUGCGCGCGUAUACUCAAAAGAAAAUCAAAGUUAAUGUCACUGAAAACAUGAUCUGUGCCGGUAGUGAAGAAGGAGGAAAGGAUUCCUGCACUGGUGACGCUGGAGGCUCACUGGUUUUCUUUGAUGAUAAAAGCAACCAUUGGUUCAUUGGUGGGAUUGUUUCCUGGGGGUUGGAGUGUGGGGCUAAAGAUAGUUAUGGAGUCUAUACCAAGGUAAGCAACUACCUUGACUGGAUACACAAUAUUGCACUUGAGUCUCAGCUGGAUAUCUGCAGUGUGAGAGGUGGCCGUAGGAGCAGUGCCCCGACCACCAUGUGUUUGCUGCAGAAGCUGACUUUUGUUAAAGAUAGACUCUGGCAUCUUCUAAUCAUCGGUAUCGUAAUCCUCCAACAUGCAUAUUGCAUACAACUGACCGGACUGCAUGGAAGGAUUGCUUCUCCUCGGUUUCCAAAGCCGUACCCUAAUGAACAGAAUCUGAACUGGGACAUCCAAGUCCCCGAGGGACAUCGCAUCAAAAUCUACUUUACCCACUUCAACCUGGAGCUGUCUUACAUGUGUGAAUACGACUAUGUCAAGCUCACUUCCCAGGGGAAGGAGGUGGCUCAUUUCUGCGGUACGGAGUCUACUGACACAGAGAAAGCCCCCGGAGACACGGCCUUCUACUCCCUGGACAAUAAGAUGACGGUAACAUUUCGAAGCGACUACUCCAAUGAGAAGGAAUUAGCCGGCUUCGAGGCUUUCUAUAUGGCUGAAGAUAUAAAUGAGUGUGUGAAGCAGAACGAGGACGAGGAGGACACGUGUGACCACUACUGUCACAAUCACAUUGGUGGAUAUUAUUGCAGCUGCCGACCUGGCUUCAUUCUACACACAGACAGGAAAACCUGCAUAGUUCAGUGCAAGGAUGAGACGUACACCACAAAUUCAGGUGACAUCACAAGCCCAGAUUUUCCAGGUGUUUACCCCAAACUCACCAACUGCAAGUACACCAUCCAGGCAGAAGAGGGUUUUUCCGUUCUCCUGAGGUUCGUGCACUUUGACGUUGAGUCACAUCCGGAUGUCUUGUGUCCCUAUGACCAUUUACAGAUUAAAGCCAAAGGAAAAGACAUUGCUGUACUGUGCGGGGAAAAACUACCACCAGAGAUCAACACAAAGAGUAAUAAAGUAGACAUUGUAUUCACAACUGAUGGAUCGGGACAUCACACAGGCUGGAACCUCCAGUACACAGUAAUAGCUCUUCCUUGUCCUGAUCCUGUGCCGCCACCUCGAGGACAUUUUACGCCUGUACAGAAAACAUACGUUGUAAAGGAUCGCCUGUCGCUUUCUUGUGAAAAAGGUUAUGCGCUCAUAGAGAAUGGAAGAAAUAUACUCUCAUUCACUGCAGUGUGUCGUAGUGAUGGGCAGUGGGAUAAGCGAAUACCUCAAUGUGAACUCGUUGACUGUGGACCCCCAGAGGAUCUAGAGAGUGGGGCUUUCUCCUUCGUUACCACCAAAGACACAACUACGUACAAUUCAGUGAUACAGUACAGCUGCAAAGAUUUCUAUUUGAUGAAAGACGACUUAGUGCGGUAUCAAUGUGGAGCAGCAGGACACUGGGAGGAAAUAGUUACUAGGAGGAAAACACUGCCAAAAUGUGAACCUGAUUGUGGAAAAAGGGUCACACAUGGCUUGCAACGUAUAAUUGGAGGGUCAUUGGCCAAGCUGGGACAGUUCCCAUGGCAAGUAUUCAUAAGAGAAAGUCCUCAUUCAGGUGGAGGAGCACUGCUCUAUGAUAGGUGGAUUGUAACCGCCGCCCACGUUGUGCAUGACGUAGACCUGCCCCAACUCACUAUGAAAAUGGGAUUCGUUAGUAAGAAUGACACAAACUUUUAUAAGGCUGUGCCCGAAGCCAUCUAUAUUCACCCCAGUUACAAACACGAUGAUACGUACGACCACGACAUCGCUCUGAUUAAACUCAAAGACAAAGCACCGAUUAAUGAAAACAUCCUCGGGAUCUGUCUCCCGACCAACGACGACAGAUAUCGGAUCAGUGAAAAUGAAAUCGAUCACCACGUGGGACGCGUAGCUGGCUGGGGUACCACAGAAAGAGGUUCCACUGCAAGACACCUGCGCUUUGUCGAGGUGGACAUCAUCAACCACGGGCAAUGUGUACACACAUACAAACAAAAGAACAUCAAAACCAAGGUCACUGAAAACAUGAUCUGUGCCGGUAAGGAAGAAGGGGGAAAGGAUUCUUGCCAGGGCGACAGUGGUGGCUCAUUGGUCUUCUUCGAUGAUAAAAGCAACCAUUGGUUCAUUGGUGGGAUUGUUUCCUGGGGGUUGGAGUGUGGGGCUAAAGAUAGUUAUGGAGUCUAUACCAAGGUAAGCAACUACCUUGACUGGAUACACAAUAUUGUCCAGAACAAAUAA